AUGGCUACUACCACGACAACCGGGUCCGCGGCCACCAGCACUGUGUGUGGCACCUCGGCUCAAUACGAACUCCCCGUUAAAGAUGCAGCAUGCGGAAUUCCCAACAGCGACAAAUACGAGGGCUAUCUUUCAAAAUGUGCGAAAUCUGUAGGAGUUACUUCCUAUAACAACGAUUGUGCUAUCUACGCCCUUGCUGUUGACCAGUCCGUUCAAGAUCUCACCGACUGCCUCUACGACGCGGGCGUCAAAUGGAAAGACGUUUGGUGUUAUGGAUCGACCAACGCCACUGCAACAGCUGCUUCGUAUCCGACUUCGAAGGAAACCUCAUCCGCAUUAUCUACCGACAAGAAGAAAUCCUCAACUUCAACUUCGAGCUCGGCAACUAGCACAAGCACCUCUGGCGCAACUGUCACUUUGCCAAAUGCCCAUACUAGCUUGAAGGGAGUUAUGGUUCUUUCAACACUCUUCGUUGGUGCGGUCUUCAUGGGAAUUUGA